AUGGCGGCGGCGGCUGAGGAGCUGGAGGUGGAUAUCGAAGGGGACCCGGCGGCCGUACCCGGGUCCGCGGGGCCGGGAGAUCAUGGAAACACGGCUUCAAGCUUGCUGCAGGAUCACUACCUUGAUUCAUCCUGGAGAACUGACAACAGUCUUCCAUGGACACUGGACAGCAGCAUUAGUGAAGAAAACAGGGCUGUCAUUGAGAAAAUGCUGCUGGAAGAGGAGUAUUAUUUAUCUAAUAAGCCCCUGUCUGAAAAAAUAUGGCUCAAUCAGAAGGAAGUGGAGAAAAGAUCUGUGAAAAGCCCCCAUAAGAAAACUGGAAAAGUCAUGGUCCGAUCACCUGCCAAACCAGCUAACUACUCAUUAAAGUGGACGCCAGAAGAGAAAGAACUGUUUGAACAAGGACUGGUGAAAUUUGGCCGCCGGUGGACGAAAAUCGCCAAGCUUAUUGGCAGUCGUACUGUGCUGCAAGUGAAGAGCUAUGCUCGGCAGUAUUUUAAGAACAAGGCAAAAAAUGAUGAUUCUGAAAAAGAAGCACAAAGUCAAUGUGGGAGCAGCCUUCCCAUUGAAGAUGGGAUAAAGGUAGAAGCAUGGUCAGCUGGAAGCUUGAGAGGCCGUGCGGACCCCAAUCUGAAUGCAGUGAAAAUUGAAAAGCUGUCAGAUGAUGAAGAAGUGGACAUAACUGAUGACAUGGAUGAGCUGCUUUCUCCUACUUCCCAACAGGAAACCAAAAAACCUGAAUUAGCUGUUACUUCCAGAAGUGCUGUUGAAGAAACAAAAGGAGUGGAACAUGGUUCUUCAACUGUUGGACAUAGUUCUACAGGAUCUUUACAUAAAGAAGAUCCUCACCAUACCAAGCAAGAUACAGUGGAUGCAUUGGUAUUCCCAAGUGUUGCGGCAACAUGUUCUCAGCACCUGAAUGGUGAUAAACCUGUGAACUUAGAUUACCAGCAGUACAGUAAAUUUCUGGACAAAAGUGACCAAGGCAGACUAGCAACAUCUUGUGGUAUUAAACAAGAAGCUGAUCAGGAGCUCCAUGAGAGACAGAGAGACCUGGCUGAUAAUGGAUUGCUCUUUACUUCUCCCUGCCAAGUGGAUGAAGAUCAUCAAGAAGAAGCAGAGGAGCUUAAGCCACCUGAACAAGAAGUGGAGGUUGACAGGAGCAUCAUUCUGGAUGAGGAAAAGCAGGCUAUUCCUGAGUUCUUUGAGGGGCGCCAGGCCAAAACACCAGAGCGGUACCUGAAAAUUAGGAAUUACAUUUUGGAUCAAUGGGAGAGGUGUAAACCCAAGUACCUGAACAAGACAUCGGUGCGGCCGGGCCUGAAGAACUGCGGCGAUGUGAACUGCAUUGGGCGCAUCCACACGUACCUGGAAUUAAUUGGAGCAAUUAACUUUGGCUGUGAGCAGGCUGUCUAUAACCGCCCCCAGCCAGUGGACCGGACCCGGGCCAAGGAAGGCAAAGACACAGUGGAAGCUUAUCAGCUGGCCCAGCGCUUGCAGUCCAUGCGUACAAGACGACGGCGAGUGCGGGACCCCUGGGGUAACUGGUGUGAUGCAAAGGAUUUGGAAGGACAGACAUUCGAGCACCUCUCUGCUGAGGAAUUAGCAAGAAGAAGGGAGGAGGAAAAACUGAAACCUGCAAAAUCAUCUAAAGGUUCAAGACAAACAAAAAGUUCCUUUGAUCCCUUUCAGCUGAUUCCAUGCUGCCUGUUCACUGCAGAAAAGCAGGAACCCUUUCAGGUGAAAGUAUCUUCUGAAGCACUUCUAAUAAUGGAUUUGCACUCACAUGUGUCUAUGGCAGAAGUAAUAGGGCUGCUGGGUGGAAGAUACUCAGAAGCGGAUAAAAUUGUGGAAGUUUGUGCAGCAGAGCCCUGCAAUAGUCUCAGUACAGGGCUGCAGUGCGAGAUGGACCCAGUGUCUCAAACACAGGCCUCGGAAACACUGGCUGCCAGAGGGUACAGUGUCAUCGGGUGGUACCAUUCCCACCCCGCCUUUGACCCCAACCCUUCCAUCCGAGACAUUGACACUCAAGCCAAAUACCAGAGUUACUUCUCCAGGGGUGGUGCCAUGUUCAUUGGGAUGAUUAUAAGUCCUUACAACCGAAACAAUCCUCUUCCAUACUCUCAGAUGACUUGUCUAGUGAUCAGUGAUGAGCUCAGUUCCGACGGUUCCUACCGCCUGCCCUACAAGUUUGAGGUUCAGCAGAUGCUGGAGGAACCUCAGUGGGAAUUAAUAUUUGCAAAGACCAGGUGGAUGAUUGAAAAAUACAGAUUCUGCCAUAGCAGUGUUCCCAUGGAUAGAAUUUUUCACAGAGAUUCCGACCUGACUUGUUUGCAGAAACUUCUGGAGUGCAUGAGGAAGACUUUGAGCAAGGUCACAAACUGCUUCAUUGCUGAAGAGUUCUUGACUCAGAUAGAGAACUUGUUCCUUUCCACAUACAAGAGUGAGAAAAAGAGCGAUGCUGCAGAAAACGGGAAUCAGAGUUCAAAUGAACUGCCUCGGUGAUGGCUUUAACCAAACCAACUGGUGGAAUAUUGAUUUUAUAGCUUUAUUUUCUUCCCUUUUUUUCUCCAUUAUGUUAACACCUUCAGAAUUCCCAUCCAUUUUAGCUGUAACUGUUACAGAAUCCAGUGUCAUCCUGCUGUUAAGGUACAAAGAUACAUUGAAAGCCUCCCUAAUGCCUGUGGCCUGGCUAGGGAGGAAUGCUUCGUACUAAUACUGUGGCACACAGUGCCACAGGAUGAUCUGAUUGACAGUGUGAUGUUUGGGAAGAAGGACAUCCUGUCAGGAAUAGUGGGCUUCAGGCUCCAAGGAGAGUUUAUCCUCUCCCAAGUCACUUUGGGAAUUCUGUCCACAGGUACACAUCUCGCUUGGGAUGAAUUUGCUCCUUAAUGCUUUAGAGAUUGUAAACUUGAAAGAAUUCACAACAGAGAAACUUAACUGAAAUGAAGGGUUUGUAGCUCCCUGCUGACAAGCUUCCCUGAUAUCCAGACUGAAGCGUUGCUUGGUUCUAGCUUAAUACAUCAUUGAUUGUUUUCUUUUAUUUCCACCCCCUCCCCCCCCCCGCAUAUUGAAGGUCAUGUAGCUUCUUGGCAUGUUCUUUGCCGUGUUGUUUUGGUAUUGGGGAGAAAAAGCUGACUUCUCAGUAGUGGUUGCACUUGUUUCCAGUGGAAAUGAUAACUCCUGUCUUGUUACAGGCUGCAAUCUUUCUGAUCUUCCAUUCUGCAGGGAGGUGUUCUGCUGUUCUGCCAUAUCAGUGUGAUUUGUCCGCUUCCAAUGGCUGCUGUUUCCUGUGGAAACAAGAGCUCUCGAUUGACAGCAAACUGAGUGCAACAAGCAGAAAAGCAGUUGUCUUUUUAGAGAGAAAAGCCCAACAGUUUUUAUAUUCAGAGUCUUCUCUCUUAACGUGCAGCUCAGAAGAAAAACACGCUGGUUUGUAUCAGUUCUGUGGUUAUAAUUUCAUAAAAGUCCAUAGCCAAAUGAGUAAGACAGGAUAAGACAGCUGGGGCUGUUCAGCCUGGAGAAGGCUGUGUGGAGACCUCAUAGCAGCCUUCCAGUAUCUGAAGGGGGCCUACAGGGAUGCUGGGGGGGGAGUCUUCAUCACAGACUGUAGUGAUAGAACAAGGGGUAAUGGGUUAAAACUUAAUCAGGGGAGGAUCAGGUUAGAUUGAAGGAAGAAGUUUUUUACUGCGAGGGUGGUGAGGCACUGGC